ACACUUACGCAGUUUUAUCAUUCAGUUUCACUUUUCGUCAACCGUUAUAUAAAAAUACGCAGUUUUGUGAUACUCUUAAUCAUUGUCGUUGGAAACCGAGUAUCACAGUGCUAGAAGAAAAAAAAAAGAGAUUCUUUAUCAAAAUAUUCUUUGGUAGGCAAACAAACAUGGAUGCGGAGAAGAAAAGUAGGGAAGAAUAUGUAGUUUCAGACAGCGACGACAGCAAUGAUAGUCUGGAAAUCGAGUGCGACGUUUGCGAUAUCGACUUUAAAAGCGUAAAAUCAUACGAGCAGCACUUGAAAAGUAAGAAGCAUAACAAAAUGCUAGGCAAGAAAAAAUUGAAAGAAAAUUUUAAAAAGCUCAAUGAAUUAGAAGACAAUAAUGAGCAUGACGAUGAAAAUGAGGAGGAGGAGGAUUCGGAAUACAGUUGUGAUAUCUGCGAGAAGAUAUUCAAUGAAUUCUCCCAAUAUAGAGCGCACAUGAAAGGCCAAGUGCAUUCAAAAAAUCUUAAAAGACUAAAACUGAAGGAAAAGCUGAAAGACAUGGAAGAAUUCAUCGACAGUUUUGUUAAAAAUUAUGAAGAUGACGAUGAGUUAUUGGAAAAACCAUUCGCUCACUGCACUGCAUGCCAAAAGUCAUUCAGUGGUCCAGAAAAUUACCACCAGCACUUAAGAAGUGCAGCGCACGAGAAAAAACGCAAACAACAAGUACUUCUUGAAAAACUGAAGAAAGACAAUCCAGAUAUAAAGUCUGAAGAUAACGAAGAUGAUGAGUACUUUUGCGAGGUGUGCGAUAAAUUCUUCACCGGUCUUAUUCCUUAUUUCACACACAUGGAGAGUGCUGUUCACAAAAAGGAACUGAAAAGGGCAAAAAUUGCUGAAGAUCUAAAAGAGUUUUAUGUUCGCGAUGAUGAGGACGGAAAAUUUGUGUGCAAAGAGUGCAAAAAACCUUUCAGCGAUCCUGUAUCUUUGAAAAUUCACUUGCUUAAUAAAGACCACGAAAAGAAAAAAUCUAAGAGUGAUAUCAUGGCUUUGCUGUCAAGUCAUCCUGAAAUAAUCCUCGUCAAAUCUUCAGAAUAUUCAGAUGAAGAAGGCGAGACAAGCGAAAAUGACGAGGAGGACUAUGAUUUUCUGAUUUGUAACAUCUGCCACCUGAGUUUCAAUGGCGUUAGAAAUGCUCAAGAACAUGUAAGGAGUAAAAAACAUUUAAAAGUUAAGCAACAAAGGAAAGAACUGAAAGCUCUAAAAAGAAAACUGAAGAUGAUGAACACGAAUCCUGAAAACGAAACUGAACUUCUUAAUUUACACAGUUCUGAACACUCAAAAAUGGUAUCUCAAGCAGGUAAUGACAUUCCUAAGAAUGCUCUGGGCACGCUGAAGCAAGAAUGACUUUAUUUCUAAGAGUGUAUUUUAAAAUUAAUUUCGAAGCUUAUGUAUAUCCACCAGAUAUACUAUGAUUACUCAAUUAUUAUAAGAAAUAAACUUUUUAUUCAUGAUAAAUUUUAAUACUAGAAUUCAUAUUAAGAUAUGUCAUAUGUUAAUUAAUAUUUACGAUUUAUAUAUUUGAUUAAUUAUAAUUAUUUUUAGCACUCAAAUUUUUCUAUUUUAUGCAGAGG